AUGUUGUUACCAGUGAGUGCGUCAGCCGCCGUCAAAGCGAGCGCCUCAACCAACCAGCACCAUUUUUCCACAGCUAGAACUAACCCAAUCAGUUCUGAUCGAGCAACAGCAUCCACUCUGUUGACAACGACAUUAACCUCAUCAUCAUCACAUCCAUCUCUAUCGAAAAAAAAAAAGAAAAGACAAAGUCUAAGGAACUCGCAAAUAUGGGAAAGGUCCACGGCGAGAUCCCUCGCCCGUGCCGGUAAGGUCAAGGCUGCUACUCCUAAGGUCGACAAGCAAGACAAGAAGAAGUCCCCCAAGGGCCGCGCGAAAAAGCGUCUCGUGUACACCCGCCGUUUCGUCAACGUUACUCUGACUGGUGGGAAGAGGAAGGAAAGGCGACUUAUUUAUGUCAAUGGAUAUACGCUAAUUAUGUUUUCUUUCUUCCAAACUAGAUGA